ACUUGACGUUUCUGUAUGAUAAACAUACAUAACCUAAUAAAAAUAUCCCGCAUGGAAGUUUUAGAAGAAUAAUUAUAAUUUUGUUUUAUAUAAAAAAUGGGUAGGAAAGCGAGAUUUAAUAAAGAAGGUGAUGUUAUUAAAAAGGGACCAGGUAGAAAAGCCAAGAAACAAAAAGAACCGAUAUUUUUAGAUAAAAACGAUAUUAACGAUAAGAAGUUGAGUCACCGUCAAAAGAUACGAGCAAAAAAGAGACAAAAAAAGAUCAAAGACAAACAAAAAGUGAAAGAAGAGACGAAAAUUGAUAAAAACGGAACUCGAGAGUCAUCUGAAGAAUCCGAUGUAUUAAAACCGAGUACAUCAGGGUUUUCAGAUGAAAAUAGUCUUUGGUUAAAGCCUAAAAAGAAAAGAAAACUCUCAGUUGAUGAAAAUGAAGAUGUAAGUGAAAGUUCCACAGAAGAUGAUAUCGAAGAAGAUGGUAAAGACAAAAUUAAAGUUCAAAAAUUAAGUUCACUUUCUGAUGACGAUUCAGACGAUUUUUCCGCUAACUCCGAAGAUGACGAAGAUUUACUCCCAAUCGAAAAACAGAGCAAAAAAUUAAGAAAACAACAAGCCGAAGAUGAUAAAUUAGCAGAGGAAGAAAUGCAAAUGAAUAUCUCUAACCAAGAAAAAUUCAUUUUCCCUUCGAAAGAUACUGAAGAUGGAAUAAAAAGUUUACAAGACGUCCAACAGAGGAUUAGAGAAAUUAUCGCUGUUCUUAGCGAUUUUAAAACCUUGAGGGAUGGAAAACACUCAAGAUCUGAAUACAUGGAUAUCCUCAAGAAUGAUUUAUGCACUUAUUACAGCUAUAAUGACUUUUUAAUGGAAAAACUGAUGCAAGUUUUUUCUUUAUCUGAACUUUUGGAAUAUUUGGAAGCCAGUGAAGUACAGAGACCUCUAACUAUAAGAACUAACACCCUCAAAACUAGGAGAAGAGAUUUAGCUCAAGCUUUAAUCAGUCGAGGGGUAAAUUUAGAUCCGAUUGGAAAAUGGAGUAAAGUUGGUAUAGUAGUUUAUUCAUCCCAAGUUCCCAUGGGGGCCACACCGGAAUAUUUAGCAGGACACUAUAUACUUCAAGGAGCUUCCAGUAUGUUGCCGGUUAUGGCAUUGGCUCCUGAAGAAAAUGAAAGAAUUCUGGAUAUGUCUUCAGCUCCUGGGGGUAAAGCUUCACAUAUAGCGGCGCUGAUGAAGAAUACAGGGGUUUUAUUUGCUAAUGAUAUCAAUAAAGACAGGAUAAAAGCAGUAGUAGGUAAUUUUCAUCGAAUGGGGGUUGUUAAUUCAGUAAUAACUUGUUUAGAUGGUAGACAAUAUCCACAUUACAUUAAGGGAUUCGAUAGGGUACUUUUGGAUGCUCCUUGUACAGGUACGGGAGUAGUAGCAAAAGAUCAAAGUGUAAAAACUAGUAAAGACGAAAUUGACAUCCAAAGAUGUUACAAUCUUCAAAGACAAUUACUACUCUCCGCCAUAGAUUGCGUCAGCGCCAAAUCUCCCACUGGCGGUUGCAUAGUCUAUUCGACUUGUUCGAUAUUACCAGAAGAAAACGAAUGGGUGAUCGAUUUCGCGUUAAAAAAACGUAAUGUCAAACUAGUAGAAACCGGUUUAGAUUUCGGAACUGACGGUUUCGUUAACUACAGACACCAUAGAUUUCAUCCCACUAUGAAAUUAACCAAAAGAUUCUAUCCUCAUACACAUAAUAUGGAUGGAUUCUUCGUGGCUAAACUUAAGAAGUUUUCCGAUGUUAUACCGAGAUCGGAAACGACGAAAGAUAUAGAAGAAACAGAACAAAAUGAUGAUAAAUUGGAAGAAGAGAAACAAGGUGAUGAUCAAAUAGAAGAUAAAGAACCACCGAAAAAGAAAAAGAGAAAAAUAUCUAAAACUAAAUAGGUUUUUCUUAAAAAUAAAGAUAUGAAAAUA